ACCUUGAUCCUCCGGCUUUUGCAGGCGAGGGAGUGGGGAGAACAUGGCUGAAAGCAGCCAAGGCGUCCCAACGAGCAGCGGGGUUUGCAGCGAGCAGGACCCGGUCGCCAGCAGUGGCGGCUGCAACUUCCCAGAGUACGAGAUGCCGGAGCUGAACACACGCGCUUUCCACGUGGGCGCCUUCGGGGAGCUGUGGCGUGACCGGCUGCGCGGUCAAGGGGAUCUGUCGCUGAAGGAGCCGCCGGCAUCCGAGCUGCCUGGGCAAGGAGAGGUCGCCGACCCCGGCUGGGACGAUGCCGCGGUGGCACGGGAUCUGGGCUGCGAUCUGGAGGCAGCGACCGAGCUGAGGGCAGUUUGCGGCCUCGAUAAACUGCAGUGCCUUGACGAGGACGAGGACCCAGAAGUCAUCCCACAGGAUACUGACCUAGUGACUUUGGGGGUUAGAAAGAAGCUUUUGGAACAUCGGGAAGAAACAUUAACGAUAGAUCGGGCCUGCAGACAAGAAAUACUUGCUUAUGAGAUGGAGUCACAUGCCAUAGGAAAAAAGCCUGAAAAUCCAGCAGACAUGAUUGAAGAAGGGGAACUUAUCCUAUCUGUGAAUGUCUUAUACCCUGUUAUAUUUCAUAAGCACAAAGAGCACAAACCAUACCAGACGAUGCUGGUACUGGGCAAUCAGAAGCUCACGGAACUAAGGGACUCAAUCUGCUGUGUCAGUGACCUCCAGAUUGGUGGGGAAUUCAGCAACACUCCUGACCAGGCCCCUGAGCACAUCAGCAAAGACAUAUAUAAAUCAGCCUUCUUUUAUUUUGAAGGAACAUUUUAUAACGAUAGAAGAUACCCUGAAUGCAGAGAUCUGAGCAGAACUAUCAUUGAGUGGUCAGAGGCCCAUGACAGAGGCUAUGGAAAAUUUAAGACUGCUAAAAUGGAAGAUUUCACCUUCAAUGACUUAAAUAUUAAACUGGGUUUUCCCUAUUUAUACUGUCACCAGGGAGACUGUGAACAUGUUGUUGUCAUUACUGACAUAAGGCUUGUGCAUCGAGACGACUGUUUGGAUAGAACACUUUAUCCCCUUCUUAUCAAGAAGCAUUGGCUAUGGACCAGAAAAUGUUUUGUUUGUAAAAUGUACACAGCCAGAUGGGUGACCAACAAUGACAGUUUUGCACCGGAUGAUCCAUGUUUCUUUUGUGAUGCUUGCUUCCGAAUGCUUCACUAUGACUCAGAAGGCAACAAACUGGGGGAAUUCCUCGCUUAUCCUUAUGUUGAUCCUGGAACCUUCAAUUAACCAAUAAAAAGUGUACACUCUAGGAGCAUGAUCAACCUGACACCAUCAGCUAGUUACCCCUACUCCACCCCCAAAAUUUGAAAUUACAAAUUUUCUUAUAAAGUAACUUGAUUGUAUUUAAAUGCUUAAAAAUAUUUUUUACUAUUUAUCACACAAUAUAGUUCUUAUUCAGUUCAGUGCAUUUUGCCCAUCUUAGGUGUAUUUAUCUUACAGAAGGAGCACUUUAUAUAUUGAAUACAAAUCCUUUGCCAUCUAUGUAUUCUGAUUUUCUCCCAGUCUGUGGCUUGCAUCUUCAUUGUAUCCUCAAUGCUUUUUUGCUAAUCAUUAGCAAAAUUCAAUUAAUGUUACAUCAAGUGGUGGAAGUACUUGGAAAAUUAUUUGAAGAAUGUGACCACCAUACAUCAUGAGGCUUCCAAGGUAAAGAUUUUUCAAGUAUCUAAUAAAAAUUAGGAAGAAUAAAAGUAGAUUAUUUAAUAAAUACAAUAUUAAUAGCUAUUGUGUAAUUUAAUCUCAGAGGACUCUUGCUUUGGUAGAAAGUAUGUACAAUAAACAUUUUAUUUUAAAACAUAUUUAUUGAUUUCGGUGAGGGAGAGGGAGAUAGAAACAUCAGUGAUGAGAAUCAUUGAUCAGCUGCCUCCUGCACACCCAACAUUGCAACCCUGGCAUAUGCCCUGACCAAGAAUCGAAACAUGACCUCCUGGUUCAUAGGUCGACACUCAACCACUGAACCAUGCUGGCCAGGCAGUACAGUAAAAACUUUAAUAGUAGACUCAUUACUCUAAAAAGAUCUUGAAUAUAUACUCAUAGCUUUACAGAAGUACCAUUUAUAUUAAAGCUUCAUUUCUUGACUUUGUGAAUCAAAUGGUGUGAGUUUAAAGUGAAUGUCGAUUUAAUGUUUUUAUGCUUCAAAGAUUGCAUGUACUAUGACUACCGGGACAUGGAAAAUCAAGAUCCUAUGGAUUGCUAGCUCUGGUUCACUUACUCUUGGGCAAUAAUACUCAGUAUUUGGUAUAUAAAAAGAAAACACAAGUGUUUUUUCUGCUUAGCUCUUCAUUCUUUUGGAUCCCUGACUAUGAUAAUUCUAUUUAUUCUCUUCUCUCAUUCUGGGCCAAACAGCAACUAUGAUAAAUUCCAAGGUCUAGAUCAUCAAGGAAAUUGUAGCUCCUAUUUUGAAAUGUUUUCUGGAAACCUUUUUUAAUUUUUUGGUAGGAAAUUAAAAUGUUAUUUAAAACUUCACUUUCCUUCUAGGUUAUAUUUAUAAAUUCGACUGAAUUUCGCACUCCCUAGAUGGGUAAGAACAGAUAUUUACCAUAGAAAUAAACUGAUGAAGCCUCUAAGCCUAUGUGUUUUAAAGGUUGGCAGUAAAAUAUUUUAUGGACUUAAAUGCAACAUACCCAAUUAAGUCUAUUGGUGUCAAGACCACAGCACCUGUUUCUGGUACGUCUAGCGGUGUAUUCACUGAUUUCAGUCAUUACACCAGAGAAUCAAUAUAAAUAACUAAGCAGUUGGUCCCAAUAAGCUAUUGCCUAAAUUUUUACUUUCAUGUUUCCAACGAUGCUAAAUUGUACUGAUUUAAAAUUCUGCUGGAAAACCAGAUUUACCCAAUUCCUCAAAGUUCCACAGGUAAAAACGAAUUUAUUGUUAAACUGCAUUCCUUAUAAGUUUUACAUUAGUAUUUUUUUUUUUACUCAUUUUCAUCACUUCAUAUUGUCAAAACCAAAAUUCCAGAAAUUAUCAUAACAGAAGCAUUAAUCCAUGUCUGGUGCCAAUCAGUUUAUUUUAGCGGAAAAGAAGAUUGUUAGUUAAAAUAAUACUAUUAUUGAAAUUCUCGUUUUAUCAUUUACUUAGAAUAUUAUCCUGCUUCUUAAGGUUAAUUUUUUCACCAAUGUUACAAAGGCUUAGAUAUCUGCUCUCAUUUUCUUGUAAAAUCUAAAAGGCUAAUCCAACCAAGUUACUCCCAGAAUUUGUCAAUGUAUUAUAUAUCAGUUAAAUAGAUCUCUCAGCUUUCACACAGGCAUAAAACAUACCUUGUGUCAGGGAUUUUAUAGCUGCAAAUUUCAGUAUUAAAUACAACAUGACUAAAUUUACUUAUUUUAUCUAAUGAAGAAAACAAAUGUUAAAAUGUAAUGAACUUGAAUUAACAUCCUGUGUAUUUAGAAACGAAUUAGAUUUUGACAUAAUGGAUAUAGUCAUGUACAAAAUCACUGUCUAUAAAAGCAAUGCCUAUUUCCUUAAACAUCUUUUUAAGGAUAAUUUGACAUCUAUUCCAAUCACAUCACAAUGUCUAUCAUCUCUAAGGUUAUAUCGCAGCACAAAUCUGAACAAAUUUCUGCCAAUACAAUUGGUUCUUUUCUUAAGGUGUAAUUAAUGGAUUUGCUAUUUCCAAUAGAUCACCCUUUCUCUGGCCAGUCCAGUGGGACAAAAGUUAUUGAAGCCUUCAGAGCCCUGUAGAAGCUUUUGCUCUUGUACAAGCCAUCUCAUCCUGACCUGGCGUCUUCAACCAGGUACGUGUGACCCACGCAGAGAAGCUAUCACUGACAGAUACAUGCUGUUCUCAUGGUGGAAAGCGGAAGUUUCAAAAGAACUUAUCCAGCCCUAACCGGCUUGGCUCAGUGGAUAGAGCAUCGGCCUGCGGACCGAAGGGUCCCAGGUUCGAUUCUGGCCAAGGGCACAUGCCUGAGCUGCGGGCUCCAUCCCCAGUGUGGGGUGUGCAGGAGGCAGCCAAUCAAUGAUUCUCUCUCAUCACUGAUGUUUCUGUCUCUCUUUCUCCCUUCCUCUCUGAAAUCAAUAAAGAAAUAUAUUAAAAAAAAAAAACUUAUCCAAUUUAGCUGUGCAUUCCACUGAGUUUCUUUUCAGAUCCACAGCCGAGUGCCUAUUGCCAAUGCCCAGUCUACAUAUAGUGUGAAUUAAAAAUAAAUAUAGCAAGAUACUGCUAUUUUGCAGUUGUCCAUCACCUCAGCAAAAAGCUGUUAGUACAAAGAAAUUGAUACCAGCAACCCAAACAUAAAAUAUGUGACCUAUCUGGCUUUGAGGAUGGAAAACUAAACUCAAAUAUAUUUAUACAAUGGGUAAAACUGUCACAUGUGAAAACUCACAAGAAAAUACAUUCAGUGAACUUGUGACUUUCAGUAAAGAAGAGGUUUCAAGAUAGAAUGCUGGGAUCUCGAGUUGGCUGUUACCAAGAUAAAUAGGGUACUUUAAGAAAGAAAUGAGUUCAAAAAAAUAAUACGAAAACAAAAAGAACACAAAAAUUCCAUGCAUUUCAGGUUGAAAGUUGCCUCCAUCCUGUAAAAUAUUUUCAAAUUCAGAGACUGGGUUCAAAGAUCCAAUCAAGGGUAAGCUGCCAGCCUUUCCUUAAGAAUUCAAAUUUGGUACCUUGAUCCUUCAGAUGGACAAAUAGUUCUAGGGUAAAGAGACCAAGGGGUGUGUUUUCAGGAAAACCAACUCAAAGUGCCUGUAAUUAAGUAUAAAAGAUAAGCAUGCUUAGCCAGUGUGGUGGUUGAGUGCCAACCCAUGAAACAGGUUACUGGUUGAGUCCCUAUUGGGGAAUAUGCCUGGGUUGUAGGCUCGAUCCCCAGUGGGGGGCAUGAAGGAGGCAGUCGAUCUAUGUUUCUCUCUCAUCAAUGUUUCUAUUUCUCUAUCCUCUUUUCCUCUCUGGAAAUCAUUAAAAACUUUUUUUUUUUU